CCUAAUAACCUGCAAGGCUUCAAGCGCCCAGUCCUGUCAAAAUUUGCACCUCACCAAAACAGCGGUUAAUUAUGACACAGUGGAUGUACGUCGUUGAUGCAACUUUCUCCAUCUCCUCUUUUUUCAUUAUCUAACGGAAGGUGCACUCUACAAUUAUGGAGUUUUGAAAAAGAGACUGAGAAUUUUGGGGGGAAAGGGGGACUUUCCCCUCAAGUUUGAUGGUUGGACUGCUGGGUGAGGAGGUCAGAGGGUUGUUGGAAUAUUUGCCUUUUGUAAAUUAUUAGAGGAUACAGAGAAAAAAUCUAUAUUUUUACAACAAGUAAUAUGUAAAACUUUUUAUGAACCGCACACAAAGUUUUGUAUUUAUUUACUUUAUGUUGCCAUUGUAUACUGUAAGCACCUUAGCUUGUGUUCAGCUCUUGGUUGAAAUGGUGGAUUGAAACGAGUCACAGACAGGCUCUGGGGUUGCUAGGGUGCAGUGGAACCUCAACACAAGCACAAUUCUAGCACUCCGAACCACCUCAAGCUUUUGUUGACACACUUGAUUUUUUUUUUCCUUGUUGAGCAGCUCUGUUACAGUAGGCAGUUUUAUACUGACAGUGUUUUCUUUUUGUCACUGCACAUUGUGGUGUUUUCAAGUUCUCAUUUGUAGGUGGUGGGCUGUCAGAAGGACUUAGUAAUAUAAAUAGGUGGAGGGUUCACUGUAGAAAUUUGGUGGAGGUCAGGAUGAGUCUGGCAGUGCCGGACUGUACCCCAAGAUGCCGCUCACUGGGGCAUGCAGAUGAUAUUGUAGCAGCACUAACGAGUGGCUCUGAGGGGCAGCUUCGGGCAUUCUUGUCUUCUUACUGCCACAAUGCGGCCACCCUGCGCGAUGACUUUGGUCGCACUGCUCUGCACAUGGCGGCUUCACUGGGAAAGAAGGCCAUAUUGGAGUGGCUGCUGGAGAACAAGAAUGCUGACCUAGUGGUCAAGGAUAAGGAAUCUGGUUGGACGGCUCUGCAUCGCAGUGCUUUCUACGGACAGAUCCACUGUCUGAUAUCACUGGUCAAGCGUGGCGGACUCCUCUCCACCCAGGACAAGGAGGGCCUGUCUGUUAUGGACCUUACAAUGAAGGAUCGACCAUCACAUGUUGUCUUCAAAAACACUGACCCAACAGAAGUAUACACGUGGGGAAACAAUACUAAUUUCAGUCUGGGUCAUGGUAAUCAAGAGAGCCGACAGCACCCUGAGCUUGUGGAUGUGUUUGCCAGGACUGGAGUUUACAUCAAACAGGUGGUCCUGUGUAAGUUCCACUCUGUUUUCCUGUCCCAAAAAGGCCAGGUGUUUACCUGUGGGCAUGGACAGGGAGGAAGGCUCGGCCAUGGAGAUGAACAGACUUAUCUGGUUCCUCGGAUGGUGGAGGGCCUGAUGUCCCACCACUGCUCCCAGGUGGCUGCAGCUAAAGACCACACAGUGGUGCUGACUGAAGAGGGUUAUGUGUACACCUUUGGCCUCAACACCUUUCACCAGCUGGGCCUAGCUCCUCCUCCAGCAUCGGCACAUGUCCCUAAACAGGUGUUCUCCAAGACGCUGAGAGGCAGGACAGUGACUGGAGUUGCUGCCGGAAGGUUUCACACAGUGCUGUGGACCAGAGAGGCUGUCUACACAAUGGGGCUCAAUGGAGGCCAGCUGGGUUACUUGCUAGAUCCAAAUGGAGAGAAGUGUGUGACUGCCCCUCGGCAGGUAUCAGCCCUGCACCAUAAGGACGUUACCAUAGCGAUGGCAGCAGCUAGUGAUGGAGCAACAGUGGUUGUGACUGAGAAGGGGGACGUCUACCUAUUAGCUGACUACCAGUGCAAGAAAUUGGCUUCAAGGCAGCUGAACAUCAAGAAGGUUCUGGUCAGUGGUGGUAGUCUGGACCACCGUGUGGUUCCUCAGAUCCUGAAUGAAGGAGGAGGAGAAAAGGUGUCCAUCCUGGCAUUGGAUGAGGCUGGCAGGGUGUUUUGUUGGCGAUCCUGCAGCAGCUCGGUGAGACAGUGCCGGUGGGCGUAUGGGCGUCAGGUUUUUAUGUCCGACAUAGCGCUCAGCAAGAACAGCAUGAUGUUUGUGACUCAGGAGGGGGAGGGCUUCAGCGGUGUGUGGGCUGGAGAAUUCAAGAAGUUUGAAGAGAAGAAAGAGGUCAGUGUGGAGGUUUGUGGUCACUCAGAUGCUGGGACUGUGUACGAGCGAAUCCGUCUGGAGAAACUCCCGUACGUCCACAGAGCCGUCAGUAUCACCAUGGACUCUAAAGGACGAAAUUUUGGAGUGCUUCAGUCUGACCCAAAAACAAGCUUAUUUGAGAUUCCCAUCGUUUCUCCGUCAUCCUUCUCCCAACACUUCCGGAGCCUUCUGGACGAGGCAGAUGAAAUGGACAGCAUCCAUGAUGUGACUCUCCAGGCAGGUGAUCGCACCUUCCCCACUCACAAGUACAUCCUGUCCAUGAGGUCCGAGUUCUUCCGGAAGCAGUUCAUGACUGAGCUUGGCGGGGUUGAUGAGGAGCUUGAUGGGGAAGUGAGGAAGAGUGAAGAUGCCGUGGGCUGUGAUUUGAUCAUUAUGGAGAAGAUCCCAGCAGACAUGCUGGAGUACGCUCUGCACUUUAUCUACACAGACUCCUGCGAGCUGCUGGUGCACGGGGCCCGGCCCAGAAUCUCAGGGGCCUCCACUGGACAAAACCAGGACUCAGAGCAGGAGAGGCUUAUCAGCAGCCUGCAGGACUUGGGCCUGAGAGGUCGCUCAGCCCUCGAGGUGUACCGCUCCCUUCCUCCUGCAGCCAAAGGUGAUGGUGACAAGGCAAAAAACAAGUGUGCCAAGCCUGGCAAGAAGGGGAAAGGAGGCAAAGGUGACAAGUCUGGAGCCAAUGAGGGAGGGGCCAACCCUGUGAAAUCCUUACAGGGUGUUGCAAAAAAGCUUGGCCUGGGAAGCCUGUCUGCACGGUUGGACGGAGUCAAAUAUGAAAAUGGAAUGAUCAAUGUUAUUAACAAGAAAACUGGAAACAAACCCAAGUUCUACCAGAAAAAAUGCUCCUACCUGUGUGAUGUCACACUGAAAUCUGAAGACGGGAAAGAGUUUCCAUGCCACAAAAGUGUCCUCUGUGCAAGACUGGAAUAUUUUAACAGUAUGCUUGGAAACCCCUGGAUUGAGGCCACUUCCUGCUCUGCCCUGGAGAUGCCUACUAGCUCAGAGAUCCUGCAGGUCAUCCUUGAGUACAUUUACACAGAUGAAUCUCCCUCUAUCAAAGAGUCCCUGAAUGUAGAGUUCAUCUGUAACGUACUAGUUGUGGCUGACCAGCUGCUUAUCACACGACUGAAGGAGAUGUGCGAAGUUGUCAUCACAGAGAACUUGACUCUGAAAAACGCUGCAGAGCUCCUGGAGUUUGCUGCUAUGUAUAACGCAGAGCAGCUUAAGCAAUCCUGUCUUCAGUUCAUUGCGCUCAACAUGGCCGCCCUGCUGGAGUCAAAAGCGCUGGAUAUUCUUAGUGAUGAAGUACUCGUGGAGCUUUCUGCAGCCUACAGGAGGAUGAUCCCAGCCAUGCAAAAGAGGGUCAUCACGCCAUAUCCUGGUGCCCCAGACCUCAGUAUGUAUGAGGAUGAAGAUUUGGACUCUGCUUUCAGCCCCAAGUCAGAAGCAGAAGUGGAUCAAUCCUGCAGGGAAAUCCUGUUGAAGAAGGCUAAGAUAAAGGCUAAAAAGAAACCGAGACGCCGCUCUGACAGCUCAGGGGGAUACACUCUCUCAGAUAUCAUUCAAAGCCCCCCUGCUGCAGUGGUCUCCCCGUGCCUAGUGAAGUCAGGAAAGGCGAACUCAACAGAAUCCCUGCAGGAGCUGCUUACAUCUGACUCUGAGGGCAGCUACAUGGGGGUGGGCAGCCCCAGAGACAUUCAGUCGCCUGUCUUCCAUGACAGAGCUGAGGAUGAGAAGACUCUCAGUCAGAGGCUGAAGACCCCACCCAACACUCCGACCUCUCUGAGGGACUGCAUCCCAACACCGCCCAACUCUGCUCCUCAAACCAUCCCUAAGGUCCUCCCCUGUCCUGCACGUCCACCCCCAGUCCUGGAUCUGAGAACCAUCAUGGACAUGGAGGCCAGCGCUGUGCAGACCCUUAGAGCCUCUCCUAAAAGUCCUGGAAGUGUCAGCGCCAGCAUUAAGCACUCUCCUGUUCCUGCUAAACUGUCCCAGAAGCAGAGGAAGAUGUUGGCAAUGGCCAGCAAGGAGGCUAGUGCGGAGUCCACUGCUUCCAAAUCAACCCCCACAGUCACCCCAUCCAAAAGCAGUGGGAAGGCCUGGGCAACAUUAGUCCAAUCCCCACCCUCCUCAUGCUCAUUUCGGUCGCUUCUAGAGGAGGAAGAGAAACGCUUGAUCAGAGUGGGUCAAACAGGAGUCCAAAGAAGCCAAGGUACCCAGGUAUCCCCUGUCACUCCUGCUCCUGCAGCCAGAAGGGUUACAUUUAAAUGUGCUGAAAGCAACGAGCCAGAGAGACCCACUGGGCCCUGGGUGCUCGGUGCAGUGGGCAGCCCUCCCCUGUCCUCUCUGGUGACCUUCGCCUCCAUCGUGGAGGAGGAGAAGCAACAAGAAGCUGCCCUGAUCCGCAGCCGAGAGAAGCCUCUGGCACUCAUCCAGAUUGAAGAGCGGGCAAUCCAUGACCUGCUUUGCUAUUAUAAGGCGCAUGACAACCCUGAUGAGCUGAUAGUGGUGGAAAGGUCUUCCAGAGGUCCUAUGGCAGCCCCAACCUGGAACAAACACUAAUGGAAAACAGCACAGCCACAUCAUACCAUCAAAUGGAGAGCAUUUCUAGCAGUUGUCCUUGUGUAGCAUCAUCAGAUCCAUUAGUGUAUAUUGAGUUGUGCCUCAUAAUCGUCCUGCCCAAUGUGAUACGGGCCUGAUGCAAAUCUGUACUUCUCUCUGCAGUGUUAUUUUUAGAUUUUAUUUUAUAGCUGCUCAAUGUUUCAUUUGUAUUGUAUGACAGAGAAGGAGUGUUUCUCAUCACUGAGUGCGGUCCUGAAGAGAAGUUUUCAGUCUGGAAAUACUUAUGCAUUCAUUUGUUUUGAAGGGUUUUAUGUCUUCUUGGCAAACCAGUAAGAGGAUAAAGUAACCAUCUUACAGAUUAAUAGGUAGCUAUGGGAAGUAAAAGGUGCCAAAGACAAAAAGAUGUUCAAGCCAAAAAGGGUCCAACCACAUCUACUUCAGGGCUUGGAUUUGUGUUAAAAUAGUCAAUGCUCCUAACAUGAUUACAAAGAAAAAGUGCCAAUUCUCAACUAUGGCAGAGCAGGAGCUGUACUUAGGAAGUUAAGUGAGCUUUUUUUAACACAGCAGUCAGUUAGUUUCUUUUAAAUGGUCCUUUUUUUUUUCUUCUUAAGUGCAUUGUUUGGACCGGUUGCUUCAGCUGAUUUGCAGUGACAUGUUUACUUCGCUGGAGUCAGAGAGUUUGUGUAUUAAAACAGGUUAUAAAAAUACAUAAUCUGAUACCGUUACAAUGAAUGGUGAAUGCUCAGUAGAGUUGAUUGUGUUGAAGUCAGUUCUAGUAGGUGGAGGUGGUGUGCCUUUAUCACAUGGUGACCAUACUUAAACACUUACAGCAGCUAAAAUAUUCUCUCCUCAGUUGUUUCUCUCUGUUUUUAUUUGAUUUAACUCUCCAGUUCGGAGCCAUUCUAAACUUGGUUGGUACCUCACAUCUGGACCAUGUUUUGUCUUCAGAUGCCAUUUGAUUGUGUGAGAGAGAGAAUGAAACAUAAGGAUGUGAAGAGAAAAUGGCAUGUAAUAAAAUAUCUCAGCUGUGCAAUGA